UCAUUCACAGCGCUCGCUCAAGCUCAAUUCAAUCUCAAUCACUCUGCGCUCAGAUUGAUGAAAAGUGGUAUUUGUUUGCGUGCCUGCUUUGUGUUCUUCAUUGUAUUGCAUGGACUCAAUUUUAAUGAAGUUAUUUAAUCGUUAGCGAGUAAAAAGUAUUUUAUUUAGUUAUCGCCAUAAUGGACUUCUUACAAGUGAAAGUGUUUAAAAGAUGGGUUACGGCGACGAGCCUAUUGGUGUUAUUUUUGAGUUACAGCGUUGAAGCAUGGGACUUAACGUACUCAUUGGACUCAACCUCCUCGGGCUACAUCGUGCCCCUGGAGCGCCAGAGGCGGGACAUCGUGCCGAUGGAGACCGCCACAUCCGCUGCGCCCACGACGCCGCUGGUUUCGACUGUUGCUUCUAUACCUCUGGCGCCAACCGAUGACAUCAACAGGACUGUCAAAAAUGCUUCAGCUGCGCCGCCUUCGGUGACAGAAAUCCCGCUCCUGGGUGUCAACGGCAGCGGCAUCCUGAAGGUGGACCUCUCCGGCAACUUGCCCAAAGUCAGCGACCCGAUCGUGCCUGACGAUGGACUGAACGUGACGGAGAUUAUGUCGGAGACGCCCGAGCUGAUCAAGGCUGAACACAAUUUAACUGCUUUGACUAUUGAUAGCCACGAAUUCUACAACAGUUCGUUUAUCGGGAACGUGACGUAUUUCAACGAACACUGGAAGAACAUAACAACUGGGACGGCUACAGUGCACAAUAUAUUGAGCCAUUCGCACAGGCGCGCGGCGUCUAUAAACCUAAGCUUCCCGUUCCCGUUCUACGGUCACAAUAUAACGAACAUAACAAUGGCUACCGGCGGGUUUAUCUACACCGGUGACCAUGUGCACAACUGGUUGGCGGCCACGCAGUACAUUGCUCCGUUGAUGGCAAACUUCGACACAACUCUAAGCAAUGACAGCCUGGUCUCUUAUAGCGACGACGGCGAGAAGUUUACGGCGUUCUGGCACAACGUGGCGCUGCAAGAGAACUCGUCGACUUCGUUCACGUUCGCGUGCACAUUAUACAAGAACGGGGACAUUGUGUUCGCAUACAAAAAUAUCCCUAUGCGUAUACAGGACAUAAACGAAACAUUCCACCCGGUCAAAGUUGGCAUUAGCGACGCUUACAUCACCGACAGGAUAGUAUUCUACGUCCGCCGCAAGACAAUAUACGAGUACCAUCGCGCCAGCUUCAAGAACCACGAGAUCACUAACAGCACGAUCCUGAAGUUAGAGGCGUUGCCCACAUGCAUGCAGUACGACACGUGCGAGGCCUGCCUUAACCACAACACCGCCUUCAACUGCACGUGGUGUAACAGCAUACGAAAAUGUUCGAGUGGCACUGAUAAGAAUAAACAAGACUGGACUCUCAGAAGUUGCGACCGGCGAGCGGUGACAAACGCGACGUCGUGCCCGAAGCCCGCCGCGAACGCUGACAACUCCAGUAGUACAGCGUAUGAGACUGUCGGUCAGGGGCAGCCGUUCCACGACCCCGUUGUGCACGCGUUCGAUUCGCCGCCAAGUCAGCCGCGGGCUCAGCAGCCGCCGUCGGCGCCUCAACCCCAGCCGGUGGCGACGUCGGACGGUCAACCGGCCCUGCACUCGGGGGUGGGCGGCGUGAUCGCCGGGUUCGUGGUCGUAGCGCUCGUGAUGAGUCUUGUCGCGUGGACCGUGUACGCAUUCAGAAAUCCACACACAAGAAGCGGACAGUUACUCAUCAAGUACCGACCGUCGCAAUGGAAUUGGCGUCGCGGCGAAGCCCGCUAUACAGCGGCCACCAUUCACAUGUAAAGUGGACGCAGUCUGCCAACAGCCAACCCAACGCCCCGCACCGAACAUCUGUCCAAUGUUUAGCUUUCCAAAUAUGCUCCGACGAAAGUUUGAGAACCACUGCAUCCGAUAAAAAAAAACUGGUGUGUGUGUGCAUAAAAUACAUGUUUUGAGAGCUAUCGAGAUUUUUACCAUUUAUAAAUGUGGGAAACAGUUUUUGUACUACGAAUUUUUCAAAUAUUCACUUCUAAAUCUUUAUACACUUUUGUAACAUAUGUAUUUGUAUUGUAGUUAUAUGUAAUUCUAGUUUUUUUAUUGGGACGUUAAAGAUUUGUCUGCCGUUCCCAUUGUUUUAGAAUUGAUCGAAUGAGACAGCAUUUUUUCUAUAGCAGCUAUUUUUUCGAUAGCUAAUAGGCGCCACUGAUCGCGUCCUGUCAAAUAUGGGUGACAUCUAAAAAUGAGGCCGCGCACAUGCGCACAACAAAAUGGUACAAAUUUUCUGUGGAAAUGAACCUUUUUUUUUUUUUACACCAGUUGUUUCUGGAUAAAGGUGACCACUUACCAUCAGAUAACUCGCUUGCUCGUUUGCCGUCCUGUACCAUGAAAUGCCUCUAGUGGCGAUAGCUCUCAUUCUAAAACGUCCGGCAUUCCAUAACUCAAACUCAUUUAUUGUAUAUUUUGGGUUUACAUAUGGUGUGUACAUAUGAUGUCACAGAAGCGUCUCCUGUAUUUAUAUGCCUAAGUCGUUGCCCGCAGCUCCGCCCACCGUAGCCUAUGUUUGACCUCGGGUCGCUAACCAUAUCUAUUUCAAAUUUCAUCAAAAUCGGCCUAGCGGUGAAAGCGUGACAGACAGACUAUAGCAUUUAUUAUGAGUAUGGACGUUUGUUUUCUUUCUUGAUUGUUACUUAUUUACGUUAUAUAAAACAUUUCAUAUCAACAAAUAUUACAAAUGCGACACUUUGUGAGCUUACGUCAAAUUAAUAAUAGAAAUAGAAAUAAAUUUAUUCAUAGCAUACUUAAUAUACAUCACUGCAAAAUGAACAAAAUGUUAAUAUUACAAAGGUACAUUAACUAUGCUACAAAAGGGUACCACUCAGCUUGUGCCGUGACGCCAUGACGCCGAUCUUCAGGGAUACCAAACAAGAUGGCGCUACCAGAAAAGAGUUUGCGAGAUAAAUCCUCGAAACAUAUACUAUUAUAUUAUCAAAACAACAAUGCGAUGAUGGAUGAACAUUAUUAAUGACUGGGAAAUAGGCGUGCACGUUUUUUUUGCAAAAUUAUAUAAAUUGUGUGUCAUUAUGAUGUGUUAAUCCAUCGUCGAUUAAGUUGAAGAUUCAUUAUGUGAUUCGCAUUUUAUGAAGGAAGUGUGUGGUGUCCAUUCGGACACUGUGCAUUUAUUCCAUCGUCCGUCCGAGCAUGAUUCGGUCAAGUUAGUAACUGUGAACAUUUGCUAUAUAAGACAUUUUCGUAAAAACUCGUUUUCGGAGAAAUAAGUACUUCCGUUUUUUUUUAUUUUUUUAUUUUAUGAGUGUUAUACUAUAACAAAAAUAUUUAUUUUUCUGUUGGAAAAAGCCUUUGUUUUAUUGGUAGAUAUCAUAUUUGUUUUUGCGUAAAAAUAAAUACUAUAAAUUGGAAUUGAGUUAGCGAGCACGUCUUAGUAUUGAUAUCACAGGUAAUUAGAAUUAUUAAUAUAAAAUUAAUUGUUUGAAUUUACUUGAUCAACAAAUCUUGUGUUAAAACAAAAAGUUCUAGAACGCAUGUGUCAAAGGAUAUUUAAAUACGUUUAUAUAUUGCAAAACAAUUGUUAUUCCAUCAGUUAUUAUUAUUGUGAUGAUUUGUGAUCUGAAGUGGGGUCGGCAACGAGUUCUAAAGUUAAAACGAGCAUAUCUUAUGAGUAACUAACUAGUUAAGGUUAACUAUUACCACCUAAAAAUUUCACGUCAAUCGGACUGUAUUCAUAUAUAAAAGCUAAUAUUUCAUUCGAGUGAAUGACAGUGCAGCUUAGGAAAUCACUUAUUGUAACAAACGUCAAGACUUGGGUCAAGACUUCUUAUAAGUAUACAUUAAUAUACAAUUGCCCUGAUAAUUAGGGGUUCUAGGUAGCUGGUGGUGAGGCGUUGUGCAGACUAUACAUCGUAGUGCCUUGAGUUCCGUAGGACAGAAAUCCGUCCCGUGAGUCACGUCUCGAUCGAAAUUACGUAGGUUUUAAUUUAAAAAAUAUAUAUAUACAAAAUCGAUUUAUUAUAGAAAUUUUAUUUUUGGCAUAUUAUUGGUAAUUGGAUCAAAGAUUUUAAAUAUACAAAAUAAAAUCUACCUUUUAUAAUAUUUAAUUUUACUAAAUAUUAUACAAAAUGGAACCUCAUUUAUACACAAGGAAUAUAAUUCCUGAUUUACACAUACAAGUUACGAAUCUACUAAAACUUGAUUAUCUCGACUUGAAUCUAUUAGGUUGUAAGUGGUCAAAUGUUUCUAUUAAAAAUAUUUAUCCUUUUACUGUGUAAUAACAAUGCCCUGUUCCCCCAGUGAGAACGAGGCUUUACAUAUCUUAUAAGGAAUCUCUAUAUCAAAGUUUAAAUGUCAAUUAUAAUACAAUAUAUUAACUUGCUCACUUAAUUAGAUUAAUUAAAACACAUUUUAUUUUAAUAAUGUUAUCGUUGUCUUACGGAACUCAUCAUUCUAAUUUGAGUGUACAAAGUGCACUGUUGACCAAAUUUCUACUGUAAUACAUACGUUGUUUGGAAUAGUUAAGGUAUUUUAUAUGAGAAUUAGUGAUAUUACGAAUUAAAAAGUAUAUAUUAUUGUCAUAGUUUAUUAUAUAAUUUGAUUUUGGGAUUUUUAUAAUGUAUUGUUUUGGUACUUACUGCAGUUACAUUUGACAACUACUGGUAAUUAUUUACACAAUAGAUGUUGCGGUGCAGCAUCACGGCAACUGCCAGACCAGAUAUUUUUAUCAGGUACGAUAAAACAAUGAACACUUGAGAUUAUAAAGUGUAAAUGAUAUUGUUAGGAACCAAAUUGACCAAUAAAUUGUGCCGUUGAAUAAUA